GGAACCUCGAAGUGAGCCACGCGGUGCGUUCACCUUCCAACGGUGCAUAUAUAAAGACGAGAUUCACUUUCACUCUCGUUUUAGUCGACUGUCGACAAUAUUCGCCGGUGAAGCUGACUAUCUUGUCUUUUUUUACGAAAUCGCGUUUCCCGUAAAACGAUGGCCAUUCUGUUCCUCUUUUGUUGCAUCACAAUGGUCGUAAUAGCUGUCGAAGACGAUGGAUGGGUGUGGAAAAACGGAGAGAGCAGACUCGGGAAGACGAGAUACCAGGUGAAUGAGAAUAUCGAACAUUUCGGUAACGAGAGACCAUUAAUAGGAUUUAAACCACAAAACGUGGGACCUUAUGGUCCUAACAGUAGACCUAUUGUACCGGCAUCGUAUCCUGGCAACAAAGAAGUUCUUGUCGGUCCUGGUGGCCCGACUGGCAUUAUAAAAAGACCUUCCUACACCGGAAAUAUCGACGAUGGCGCAUUGGAAACUGGUUUUGUACCAUCUUGGGUCAAGGACGAUCCUCGAUAUCGAGAAUAUGACACUUGCAGAUGCAGAUAUAGCUUCAACUGUCCCUCCGUAGGAUUGAAAUUUGGUACCUGUGCAAAAGAUAAGAAAUAUUGCUGUUUUAAUAGCAAGAAGUAUCCUACCUUGGUUUCCGGACAAUAUGGUCAAGGAUAUUAUCCUUAUCCGAGCGCUCCUAACAAAUACGGUCCAGCAACCUUUGUACAAUCGCCAAACUAUUAUGGUAAUCGAAGACCGCCAGAGAGUUUCACCGGUGCUAACAGAUAUCCUGGAAAUUAUCAUUUCCCUGGAGGGAAUCUGAAUCUCUAUCCACGACCCCAAGGCAAUCCUUAUGAGCAGAAUUACGACUACAACGAUUUCCAGUUUUAUAGUCGAUCCUUAAAGAAAAAUCAGACCCAGAACGAGAGUGAGGAUGAAAAAGUUUAAGCUCCAUUUACAUACAUGAAUACUAUUUUCUCUUUUUCUUCUGAUCAAUCUUUUAAUAGG